UCUCUCUCUCUCUCUCCCUCUCUUCUUUCUCUCUCUCUGGGAUUCCAAGCCACGGAUUUCCCUGCAAAUUUAUUUCUUCGUCUUUUUUAAGCUUUUUGGGUACAUACGCUUCUCUUUUUCUUUUUUUUUUUAAGCUUUUUGGGUCUUCGGAGGACGAAGCGAGUUCAACGGAAAUACCUACCAAGUGUUUCAUUGCAGAUCAAGAAAUGUCCAAACAAGUUGCAGAUCAAGAAAUGUCCAAACAAGUUGGUGAUAUUCAACCAAGUGCUUCUUUUGAGUUUGAGCUAUUCGAGGGUGAUCCCGAUCACCUUAGAACAGUAGUAUCUUCAUCAAACCAAUUAAGUCCUUGGAUUGAACCAGCGACAUUGAAACUUCGACACAGAAUCGCGAGAGGAACGUUCGGUGAUGUUUGGUUAGCAACCCAUCAUCAGUCUUGUAAAGGUCACGAGGAGGAUCAUGAAGUGGCUGUCAAGAUGUUACCUCUUGUUAAAGAGGAGCACAUGAAUGUUUUGCUGGAUAAAUUUGAUAGUUUAUUUGCAAAAUGUCAAGGAUUAGGCGGUGUUUGCUCUCUACAUGGGGUCUCGAUUAUAAAUGGAAAGAUCUGUAUCAUUAUGAAGUUCUAUGAGGGUUCAAUUGGAGAUAAAGUUGCACGCCUUAGAGGAGGAAGUCUCACGCUACCUGAUGUUUUGAGGUAUGGUAUAGAGUUGGCUCAAGGAAUUCUGGAACUACACUCGAAAAGGAUCUUGGUUCUCAACCUUAAACCAUCUAACAUUCUUCUUGAUGAAAGUGACAAAGCAAUUGUUGGAGACUUUGGUGUUCCUUAUCUACUGCUCGGCAGUUCAUUUCCAAGCUCAGAUAUUGCCCACAGGCUUGGAACUCCGAACUACAUGGCACCAGAACAAUGGCAACCAGAAGUAAGAGGUCCGAUAUCUUUUGAGACUGAUUCAUGGGGAUUUGGGUGCUGCAUCGUGGAGAUGUUGACUGGUGUUCAUCCUUGGCAUGGGAGACCUGUUGAUGAAAUACAUCAUUUGGUUGUCAGAAAGCAGGAAAAACCCCAUAUACCAAGUGCCCUUCCUCCUCCUAUUGAGGAUGUCCUCCUUGGUUGCUUUGAGUAUGACUUGAGAAAUCGUCCUUUAAUGUCGGAUAUAUUGCAUGUGUUUAAAAGCUCACAGAUUGCAGUCUCUACUGAUGGAGGCUGGGAAAGUCUCGGGACUGGUUACACCAGAUGGUUCCUUCUGAAAGAUCGUCUGCAAGUGGGCGACACAGUUCGUUCCAGAAAGCCACCAAACUCUUGCAAACCAGAGAACAUGACUGUGCCUGAAGGAACAGUGGUGGGCCUAGAACGCGACGCAGAUCGUGAUGGUUUUGUUUUGGUAAGGGUUCACGGCAUCCAUGACCCACUAAGGGUUCAUGUUUCGACUCUUGAGCGCAUCACUUUUGGCUUGGCUGCUGGUGACUGGUUAAGCUUGAAGGAAGAAGACAAGAAACACUCACCAGUUGGUAUUCUUCAUUCAAUCCAUCGUGAUGGUAAAGUAGCAGUUGGAUUUAUAGGAAUGGAAACUCUUUGGGAGGGGAAUUCUUCCGCGUUUGAGAUGGCAGAAUCCUACUGCAUUGGCCAGUUUGUGAGGCUAAAAUCCAAUGUUCUGAGCCCCCGAUUUGAAUGGCCUCGUAAAAGAGGAGGGGCUUGGGCCACAGGGAGGAUUUGGUGGAUCUUACCAAACGGAUGCCUCAUUGUUAAGUUCCCCGGAAUCCCGACUUUCAAGGAGGAGUGCAGCACCUUCUUGGCUGAUCCAGCUGAAGUGGAACUAGUUACUUUUAACACUUGCCCGGGGAUGGUGAAGAAGUACCAACAUCUUGAGGAUUUCCACUGGGCGGUGCGACCUCUUCUCAUUGCAUUUGGCCUAUUUACAGCCAUGAAGCUAGGCUUUUUCGUUGGAAAUAGAAUUGGGAGGUCAAAGGUGAAAAACCUACGGAGCAGUGACAUGGAAAGUUCAAGUCAUCAUCCUAUGGAUGGCCAGAAUGCUGGAAAGUCUGCAUGGAUCCCUCCUAAAGUUGGAAAACUUUUCAGAUAAGGCAUUUCCUCAUCUUCGGCUCGGUAGACAGUAGCCGUUUAGCUCGGAUUCCAUAGAGGACAAAGCUAGUUAGUGUUUACAGUUUACUGAAGUCGGAUAUCUGGAGUGACUGGUUUGCUAGCUAGAAUGGGGCUUCUUACUCUAAGCUACCACUAUCAACUGCCAAAGUGGUCAUUUGCAUUUGAUGGCUAACAAUAUCUCUCUGUAUAUAAAUGUAAAGAUGUAUCAUUAAUCACGUGUUGACUCAACCCCUUCUAUUAAGUUGCAUUUUGGAUAAAUCAUAAUCCUUGUGGUACUUCUCUUGUUCUUUUCCUUUUCUCUGCUGAGCAAGGAAGAAGCUUGGUCGCCGUACAGUAUAUUGAGCGUCUCCAAUGCAGUGUUAAUUUAGGCAUUUGAGUGGGACUCCACAAUGCAAUGUCGUUUUGGGGGGCUAAAUUUGGCAUUAGCAAUAUUCGGUGUCAAAUCACCAGGUACAACGUUUGUAAAAUUUUGGUUUCUGAUCACAUUGUUUGCUGUUUUUGCUUCUUCUUUUUUCAUUAAAUCAU